AUGGGCACGUUCAUGCACGCCACCGAGGGUGAGAUGGUCUGCGAGUCCAUCAACGCAAAGAUACCCUUUUUCAACGCCCCCAUAUACCUCGAGAACAAGACUACCAUCGGAAAGGUGGACGAGAUCCUCGGUCCCAUCAACCAAGUCUACUUCACGAUCAAGCCGCAGGAGGGCAUUCAGGCUACGUCGUUCAAGAAGGGCGACAAGUUCUACAUUGGAGGAGACAAGCUACUACCCUUGGAGAAGUAG